AUGGCCGUCCAGAAGUCUCCUGUCACAUCAACCUAUAAUCUCCGCCGGGCGCCGCGUGCGCAGACUCCUCCUGCCUCUGCCCCUGCCUCUGCUUCUGCCCUUGCUCCUGCCUCCCCAGCUGCCUCCCCACCUCCCACGCCCAGCAAGUCAAAGACUACCAAGUCCAGUCCCAAGCCCAAGCCCAAAGCCAAAACCAACGACCCAGAGCUCCAGAGCAAGGUCAUCGAAGCCCGACGAACCGCCUACCGCCCUCGGGGCAAGGGUUCUGACUUGUCUCCUUUCCCCGAGACUACUGUCGAUGGCAAGAACCCCCCCAGAAUUAUCAUCACCCCCCCUCCCGAUGAGAUCGUGUUCAACAGCCUCGAUUUGAUGUGGCAUGCUAUCCUUUACGUUGAGGGAAAAGAGCGUUUGGAGCAGACCAGCGCCCUCGGGCUGUUGGCUGAUGUGGCGGGUUGGCACCGACAAGUUAUGCGCGGGAGCUGUGCCGUUUGA